AUGCAGAACGACCAGCGAUAUAACGCGCUGCGUAAUCUCGACAAUCACUCUGAUGCGAGUACCGAGGUCGGAGAUUGGGAUAUCGAAGACAGCAGAAAUACUCGAAGAGCGGGGACAAUGGCCUUCUGGGGACGGUUACGGCCGUACCGCUGGCUGCUGGACACGUCGCUCCUUCUCGUCAUUGUCGGAUUGCUGGCCGAGAAGAGAUGGCGGCACGGUCGCGGCCAUCAGUACGAGUUCACUGGAGAUAUUACAGGCUUUGCGCCAAAAUUCUCGCAGCAUAUCACCACAUUCCGACCAGAUCCAGUAUUCGUGCCAGAGCAGGCCUCUGAUUUCUGGAAUAAGGAUGUCCAACAGGCUUGGCUGGACAUUGUCCCGGAAGGAUUGGGUUACGUCGAAGUCGAGGAUCCCACAAGCCAUGACAAUCUCCCGCAGCCGAUCCACGACUACGCCAACACGACUGUGUUUACGACCUCAAUGACGCACCAAUUACACUGUCUGCAUACAAUACUCACCGCCUACAACACCAUGGCUGUCACGCUCGAUAAGCCGUUCUUCAAGGUAAAUCCCAUACAGCAGCCGUGGCAUGUGAACCAUUGCUUUGAUUACAUCCGACAAGCGAUCAUGUGUGCAGGCGACGUCGCGCUGGAGGGCGCCGCGACCACGUUCCCAUUGGGCGUGCAUGGCGAAGACCUGGGAGGCAGCGACGGGUGGGAUGCGAAGCACGUGUGCAAAGACUACAGCCAGAUCAAGAGGCACCUCGAGGAGAAGACGAUCAACCAUGUGAAGUGGAUAUCUUAA